AUGGACGCGACCCACCACCUCACGUACAGAGUCGACGACGUUGAAUACGUCGCUGUCUACGACACGACCGUGCAGCACAUUCCGCUGCGCAAGGACCUCUCGCACCUUCGGCCGCCGCCGCCACGCCUCACAGACAAGCGCGACAUCUUCAUUGGCGUCACCGCCUACCGCGACGGCGUCAAGUGCGGCUUUACACUGUGGACGGCCUUUUCUCGGGCGGCCCACCCCGAACGCGUCUUCUUCGGCGUUGUCGACCAGACCCUCGACGGCGACGUUGCCUGCUUCAAUGCCUACUGCGAGCGCGCGCGCGAGACGUGGCCAGACGAGCCGUGCAAGUACCAAUCGCAGAUCAAGAUCGACGCGCGGUCGGCAACCACCUCGAAAGGCCCGGUGGUGUCCCGCGCGCAGCUGUACCCGCUCCUCGGCGACCAAGGGUUUAGCAUGAUGAUCGACUCGCACGUGCAGUUUGCGCAGAAGUGGGACGACUUGAUCAUUGCCGAGUGGGCAGCGACGGAGAACGAGAUGGCCGUGCUCUCCAACUACCCGAUCAAUUACGACCACUUGGAUGCAGACGCGACGUUUACGGGCAACUACGCCCCCCACGUGUGUAACUUUAUGCCGCGCCCGGCCGCCAGCUCCGUCAUCUACUACUCGGGCAUCCUUGUUGCGUACAACUUUGAGCACCCGCUCUUGUCGGUGUCGUGGGCUGGCGGCUUUUCGUUUGGGAAGAGCCACUCGUGGCAUCGCGCCCCCAUGGACCCGUACAUGAACUGGGUCUUCUGGGGCGAAGAGUUCCUGCACGCGUACCAGCUCUGGACCCGGGGCUACGACAUGUACUCGCCGAGCCGCCAUGGUAACGUGGUCUUUCACAACUGGACCGACAACGGCGACAAGCACCGAUUUACCGACAAUGUGACACGCGUGACCACGCAAGCCGAGCACGACCGAGAAGAAGCCAUGGCGUACAACCGGUUCCAUUUGAUCUUUCAGCAACCGUUCAGCGGCGAGGUCGACUCGCGCGAGAUCGACAAGUACGGCAGCGGCAGCGUGCGGUCCCGCGAGCAGUUUAUGAAGUUUUCCAACAUCUCAAUGACGAACGCCCGCAAGGACUUUGCCGCGUGCAACCAGCUGCACUUUGUGCCGUACACGGACCCGACCGAGCUCGAGGCGCUGCUUCCAGGGUGGCGCUUCGCCGACUCGACGGGCCUUUUGAGAACAGACGCUGUCACCGUCAACAACUCGGUGCUCCACGACCUGCGAGGCAAACUCGACGACGCCGAGACGACGGUGACGCAGCUGCGUCACGCCGUGGAGGCCGCGCGCCUCGAACAGACGACGGGGUUCCAACUUCUUGAGACCGCGCGCAAGGAGCUCGAGGAAAAAGAGCAGGCGACGCUGCGCGAGAUGCAGCUCACGGUGACGCAGCUGCGUCACGCCGUGGAGGCCGCGCGCCUUGAACAGACGACGGGGUUCCAACUCCUUGAGACCGCGCGCAAGGAGCUCGAGGAAAAAGAGCAAGCAACAUUGCGCGAAGUGCAGCUCACGCUCGAGAAGGUCGCACAGCACAACAGCCGUGCCAUCAGUGGCGUGAGCCUGCGCCUGCGCCAGAUCCAGGAAACGUCCACGCAAGUCUACACCGAGCUCGCGUUGGUGGUCUUGGUACUGGUGACGGUGCUCACCGCCCUCUUUGGUCGCUGCUGGGGCAAGCGCGGAUCGAAAUCGGUCAGCUACACCAAGCUUGAAUCGACCGACUGA